AUGAGGCUGUCGAUCGGAGCUACAUUGGCGGUGGGCGCGUGUCUGCUGCUAGCCGAGCCGGUAACCGGCUUCUUCAACCUCUUCCUCAGCCAAGCGGAGGUCCGCAAGCUCAUGGGUCUGAAAGCCGAGCUGUUCUACGUGCGCGAGGGUGUGGUCAACGAGUACGCGAUGAAGUUCGUGGUGCCGGUGCCGGCAGCCGUGCACAAGCUACACUUCACGUGGGAGAGUCUCGCCGGUAGGCCGCUGCCCUACACCAUCUACGUGGACAUAAGCAACCCGGCGGCCCUGACGACGUCGCUCAACGUCUCGGAGACGGGCGAGAUACCAACGGGCGGCGUGCAGACUUGGGCCCUGGCGCUGCACUGCGGCCCGUACGACGCCGAGAUCGAUCUUUCGGUGAUGAUAAGCGUGUCGACGACGCGGCGCAACAGCACGAGGCUCGAGUUCAAGCGGAAGAAGAUCUGCCUGAAGGACAAGAGCAACAGCCACCCGGUCAUCGACGGGGUCUCGAUAGCCGCCUCCAGCACCAACUCGGGUGGACAGGUCUUUUACGCGGCCGUUGGUUGCGCGUGCGCCUUCAUCGCGGCCAUAUGCGUCCUGGUGCUCGCCUACUACGUCAAGGACAAGAAGGCCCGAAGGCACAGGGAGCCCCUCCAAGAGUCGCGAGGACUCGGCUCGGCGUGCAGCGUGGAGAGGGGCACCGGUAUCGGGCCGGCGCAGACCUUCCUGUCACCGGACACGCCGCCCCCGCCCUCCGCGGCUUCCGUCUCGACGUACCGGAGGCUGGACGAGAGGUCGAACCGGGAGCUGUACGAGCGCAUCCAGGAGAUCACCAUUCAGAGGUGCAGAGUGCGUCUCCUGAGCGUCGAGAUGGAGGGAACUUUCGGCCGCGUCUACAGGGGAAGCUAUCACGAGGAGGGGGCGACCACGCCGAAGGACGUGCUCGUUAAAACCGCGGCCGAGCACGCAUCUCAAGCCCAGAUGGCUCUGCUGUUGCGCGAGGGCCUGUCGCUGUACGGACUGAACCACCCGGGGCUACUGGCCGUGCUCGGCGUCUCGGUCGAGGACCGCGGAGCUCCGUUCCUCCUGUAUCCGCACACCGGCUACAGGAACAUGAAGAGGUUCCUGCUGCGCUGCAAGCUCAGCAGCGAGGGCCCGGCUCGCGCCCUUACCACCCAGGAGCUCGUCGAGAUGGCUCUGCAGAUCGCCAAGGCCGUGCAGUACCUGCACCGCAAGCGGCUCGUCCACCGGGACAUUGCCGCCCGGAAUUGCGUGGUCGACGACGAGCUGCGCGUGCAAAUCGCCGACAACGCGCUGGCGCGCGAUCUCUUCCCCCAGGACUACUACUGCCUGGGCGACAACGAGAAUCGGCCGAUCAAGUGGCUGGCUAUCGAGAGUCUCCUCAACAAAUCGUUCAGCACCGCCUCGGACGUGUGGGCGUUUGGUGUACUGCUCUGGGAACUGACGACGCUCGCGCAGCAGCCGUACGUAGAGGUCGAUCCGUUCGAGAUGGCCUCCUACCUGAGGGACGGCUACAGGCUGGCCCAGCCGGUCAACUGCCCGGACGAGCUGUUCGCCGUGAUGGCCUACUGCUGGGCCAUGUCGCCCGACGAGCGGCCCACCUUCAGCCAGCUCAUCGUCUGCCUGCAGGAGUUCCACGCCCAGCUCACCAAAUACGUUUAAGAAGGACAGCGGGCCGCAGUACAGGCGUUACCACAGGGUCGUUUUUUUUUUUUUAUCAGAGAGGACGAAAAUAGUGAUUCGUCCUUGGUAACUUCAAAUCAAACGAAUAUAUAUGUGUAUGAUAUACUCACUUGUAGCGAGGGGGAAAAAAUUUAAUACCGUAAACAGAUUGGAAUAUCGUUGUUGAACAGGGUAGCUUAUAGCUAAUCGAGCAUGUUUUUCCGUGGUGAUCAGAAUCGUGAUUCGCCGGAGAUAUAUCGAUGUUUAAUGUUUAGGGAUCCCGAAGGUUUUACACUUAUCUCAAUCGAUACAAACGAGUAGAGAGAGCUUAUUUAACUUGGAGAAAAAAAAAUGUGUUACGACGUAGAUCGAGAGAUAAAUUGAAUAUAUAUAUAUAUAGGACUAUAGAGAUUAUGAAAAGUUGUUACAAUAUAUGAUAUAACGGAGAUUUUUUUACUAUUUCAUGUAUACAUGUAUAUGUGUGGUGUAACGACGGUGUGAUUUCUCAUUAUUUCGUUACUUCGACCUGAUGAAAUUUUAACCCUCGAGCGUAAUUUUAUUUAUUACCUUCAGCCUGUAUAUAAUUGUCGAAAUAAUUGCAGCAUGACCUGACUUAUUUAGCUCGUAAGGUUUUACUAGUUUUUAAGGUUUUGAGAUUCUUUAUUUUAUUUUGAUAUUUUAAUUCUGUUAAAAUUUACCAAAUUCGCGCGAAAACUACACGUAUCAUUUGUACGAUUGCAACGAUCAAACGACACUAAGGCCAGCAAAAAUUUUAAAAAUCGGAAGCUGGCUUACUGAUUUAAAAAAAACUUGUAGUUUUCCUCCCCUU